GCUCAGACCCAGCAUCUCAUUACCUUUCCAACACAGUCUAUAACUGAGGCUCAUUGUAUCUUGUGAAGUCCAGCAGUCAAGGUGUCCGUCAGUACUCGGGAUCAGCCAGACAAAGAUAAGGAGCGAUGGCUGUGGCUAACUUCCAGUACAUUACUCGGAUGAGCAGUGGCUUCAAGGUCUACAUUUUAGAAGGUCAGCCUCAUCUCAGAAGCGAAGACAGGUACAGACAUAUGACACAUGACCGGGCUCGAACCCAAGCAGUGUAUCCAAUCAAACGCAAGCGCAGCUACGAGAGAGGUCUGACUUUGGAGGAAAGACGAGAGCGAGCGAUGAGCCGAAGCAGACUGGCCCAGAGAGCAGCCCCAGCAGUGUUCAGCAGCCAGCAGAGUCCAACACAAACCCUGAGUCCAACACCCAGCCCCACCAGUCCUCUGCCCACCCAUGUGUACUGCACACCAGUCAUGGAUGAACCUCUUGCCCUCAUUAAGAAGCCCAGAAAAGACACUGAAAGUGCAGAGGAAAAGACUAAAAGUACUUCAUUGAGUCAAAUCCAGAUGCGUCCCUCUGUGAUCACCUGUGCCUCCUCGUUAAGAAACCCCUCCUCAAGAUCUGAGGGCCACAAAAACAACUCAUCAGCGGUUCCCAAAGGCAACUAUGAUCAUGUCCUUGAGGAGCAUUUCCAGAGGAGCUUGGGUGUAAACUACCAGAAAGCUCAGUCCCAGCAGCUCUCCAUCAGCGUGUCUGUUGACGACCACUUUGCCAAGGCUUUGGGAGACAAGUGGCUACAGAUUAAAUCCAAGUCUUCUUCCUGUUCUUCCACACCUCCCAGCAGUCCAAGUGUCACUCACUCCCCCACCUACAGCCACAGCCCAAAUCUGUGCCACAAAGAGCCCACCAGCGGCUCAGUGCUACCAUCCAGCCACUGGUCUGUUAAUUAAAACAGAAAUAACAUCUGAUCCUGGUGGAAACUGGACUUGUUGUGACUUUUAAAAUUUCACUGCCACUGUGUGGAAAGCUCUGCUGUCUGGCUGCAAAUUCCAGUGCCGGUGUUGAGAGAGCGAGCUUACAGAUGCAGGAGUGCUGUCGAUUUGGAUCUCUGUAUCUACAACCUUAAAACAGCGACACAAACAAAUGUAGCAUUAUUGAUUUGUUGCAUUUCUAUCCUCUGCUUGCUGAUAGCAUUUGAAAAGUUGAGAUAAUGUAGAUGGUGAUGUGGGAUGAUUGAAAAAUCAGCCAAAAAAAAAAAAAAAUCCUUUACAUUUCUUUUUGUAAGUGUGUCAUUUUUCUAAAGCAGUGUGAAUGCCGCAGUUUCAUUGUAUUAUAUUUAUAAUCUGAUUCCCCUGGGUGCCUUAUAGUCUAAGUGACUAGCCUAUCUGCUGUAAAAUGUGCUUUUAAGUUGUACACAAAACAGACAAUUAAACAGACCUAAAAUAAA